AUGGCAACACCUCGUCGCAAUGGACAACUGUCAUCGUGCGAGCCUUGCCGUAAGUCCAAACUACGAUGCGACCACAAAGCUCCCAUCUGUGGUCGAUGUCUCGGUCACGACCAGGCCGAACGCUGCUUCUACCAUCCUGCUCCACUCUCUCAGCCCCGGGCGCGUGACUCCAGGGCGAUAUCGCGGAGACCCAAGAGGCAACAACGCCGAGACAAUCAGUUGGUUUUUCGUUUGGAUCAGGGGACCCCCAGAACAGCCAUACCAGGUCCACAGCCAGGUUUACCACUGGUUACAGAUGAGGGAAGUACGUUAUGCGACCAGCAUAUCGCACGAUGGACUGCGAAGGAGAAGCGGACUCUGCCACCGGGACUUUUAGGGCUAGUCUCCCCAAAAGACAUUUUCAGUGAGUAUGAAAGUACUCUGUGUGUCGAGGAACCAGGUAGUCUACCAGUAACGACAGUACCAGCAACGACAGUACCAGCAACUGUGUAUCCACCGAGUGACUCCAACCAGGUGUUGCUAGGGGCUCAGAUUCUAUCACAUCUGCAGAAGAUCCGCUGGUUCUACGAGAUCAUCGAGUUAAAGAACAAGAUUUCCCCAGGAUGGGUUCUAGGUUUUCCCUUGAUUCGCGCCUUGUGUGAUUCUAUGGAGAAAAUGUAUGAUUGCGCAGUUUGCAACUCCCAGAACACCCAUGCAUCACUAGCCACCCUGUCCCAUCAAAUAUUUGUCAACACAUCCAAAGAUAUCCAGACAUAUCCAACAAUGAAUUUCUACGAGUAUUUCGAUUUGGUAACACCGAGAUGGGAGACAAUUGGACUUGUCUUUGCCCUGCUGGGGGCCUCAUUAUUCCAUACACCCGAUGAUGACCCGGUCUUCACACAUCGCAACCCGUGGAAGCUGGAAAAGAGCCAGCUCAGAAAUGUCGCUACCGCCAUUAGUGAUAUUUGCUGCCAAUUUUGCAAUAGUGCUGGAAUAACUAGCGAUCCAUUUUGCUGGCUCACGACCCAGCAAAUAGUUCUCUUGAGUUUGAUGUUUGGCGAAAGCGAUUAUAGGGUCUGGCAAAAGCUCGGAGAUCUAUCUACCAUUGUUUACGCUUUUGACUUGCAUCAGUCCGGUGAAGACAUUGAAGAAAACCUUCCGUUCUUUUUGGUGGAGGUACGAAAGCGAGUUAUGGUGUGCGCAUACGCAAUUGAUAAGGAGCUAGCGACCUCUUUGGGGCGCCCCCCACGAAUCUGCUCUCGAUACUGUAGUAUCCCGCUUCCGUUGGAUAUAAGUUAUGAGAAUAUGGUCCUCCCACGAAGCGAAGGCGAGAAGUUACUGCAGAAUCUCGACGCAAAUGGUUGGAACAACGAAGGAAGCCUGACCGUUGGCGUCAGGCUUCGCGUCGUGCUACUGACGAGCUUGUUGCGAGAAAGUAUCCUCGAAUUGUCUUUGAGCCCUAGCACUCAGCAUAUUCCAACCAGAGUUGAGUUCGUAUCCCAUUAUAGACUUCAUGUUAUGUUGAUAUAUAAAACUGACUCAAAGAAACCGCACAGAGAGUUGAUUCAGGAAUCCCGUCAGACGCAACAAGACCUCCCCUCGUUUAUGCACUGGUCCCCCGAGAAAGCUGCAGCGGGUGCUUACAGCUUUCCACGAGACGAGGGCCGCGCCUUCGCCCAUAUAGAAUUUACGUACCAAGAGUUUCUGCUGCGUCGGAUCUUGCUAAAGCGCCUUGGGAUAAACUCACAAGGUCUUAUACAAAGCUCCCUUGAAAUAAUAACCACGUUAUUAGACAUUAUUGUCAUGCGGACUCGGUCUGGUCACUCAGUGGCAAAUAUGUUAUGGGAUUUAUGCUACAUGGGCCUUCCUGCUGCAGGCAUCCUGACUUCAAAGUUGCUCUCGGACCACAGCUCUCAGAUAUCGAACCCAUCACCAACGCCGUUAUCUGCCAACGUUCGCUCAAUUAUCAUCCAAAAGCUCAAUAUCUUUGUCUCUCAUCUGAAUUCUCUGGUGCGGCCUCACGAUGGCAACUAUGAGAUUUCCCAACAAGGGACACGAUUUAUUCGUCGCGUGCUCGAUCAAAUUCUUUCCCCUCAAUGUCCCCAGCCGACCCCGUUGACUCCAGAUAUUGAUCUGUCUACAAAUUGGCUCGAUGGUUGUGAUUUGGACGGUAAUUUCGAUUUUAUGGCGUGGUUUGACAAUAUCCACUGGAAGCAGGACCCGUUGUUAAACUUCACUUGA